AUGGGUUAUAUGGAAACACCGUUGUUACCCUUCAUGCACAGACUUUGUUGGCGGGGAAAAGAAGGAAGGGCUCACCAAGACGACAAGGAAGGGCCCACAGAGAGAGGAAGGAAGGGUUCAGGAGAGGACAAGGAAGAGCUCACGGAGAGGGCAUGGAGGGAGGACAAGGAAGGGCUCACGGAUACGACAAGGAAGGGCUCACGGAGAGGACAAGGAAGGGCUCACGGAGAGGACAAGGAAGGGCUCACGGAGAGGGCAAGGGGCUCAUGGAGAGGACAAGGGAGGGCUCACGGAGAGAAGACGGGAGGGUUCACCGAGAGGUCAAGGAAGGGUUUCCGGAGAGGGCAAGGAAGGGCUCACAGAGAGGACAAGGAAGGGCUCACGGAGAGGACAAAGAAGCGCUCAUGGAAAGGACAAGGAAGGGCUCACGGAGAGGACAAGGAAGGGCUCACGGAGAGGGCAAGGAAGUGCUCACGGAGAGGGCAAGGGGCUCACGGAGAGGACAAGGAAAGACUCACGAAGAGGCCAAGGACGGGCUCGUCGAGAGGCCAAGGAAAGGCUCACAAAGCUGGGUAA